AUGACGCAAGCAACUACAAAUGCUACAAUAAAUGGAAAUGAAACCACAACGAUAAGUCCCUCUAUUUCAUCCAGUUUUAGUAAUAAUUCAAGUGUAUCUCCUACACCUUCAGAAGUUACUACAAGUUUGAAUUCUACCACAUCAAUUUCAACAACAACCCCAACUCCAAGUUUAGGAACAAGUACGAAUGGUUCAACUCUAACAUCUAGUGGAGUAACUACGACACCUGCAGCAUCUAAUUUAUCAUCUGUAUCAUCUUCAUCUACUUCAGCUACAAAAACUAUUACACCAUCUCUAACUACCGCGGCUACUACACCUGUGGCAACUUCAGCUUCUGUAAAUAGCUCUGUAUCUAGUAGUGCAACAGUGAAACCUACAUCUACUACUGCAAAAAUGACUGCAAGUCCAUCCGUAGGUAAUACUACACUUGACAAUAAUUUAAAUAGAAGUUCAAGCGCAUCAGCUCCUACUCAAACACCUACAUCAAGUCCUCAAACAUCUACUCAACCUCUUGUAACAUCUUCACCUUCAAGUGCAGUUGAAGCUCUUAUUGGUGCAUCAUCUCUUUCUUUUUUUUCUUACAUUUUUCCUUUUCUAAUAGUUAUUAUUGCGAUAAUAAUUUAUUUUUACUGUAAAGUAAGUUCAUAUUUAAAAAUAUACUGUAUUUUAAUUUUUCUUCAAUUAUAA